AUAGGCGUUGUGUGUGAUCGUGUGUGUGUGUUUUUUUUGAAUGUAGAGAGGCAAAGCCCUCUCUCCUUUCCUCUUUCCUUGUUCUUUAAGGGCUUUACCACUACAGCCAACAUCCUUAAGCAGGCCACUCACCACAAUACCUCAGCUCUUUCGUUUCCUCUAAGAUCAGCGCCAGGACUCCAGCGGCUUCAAAGGACUUCUCUGAGAGAAGAAGAGUGAUCAAUGUUUGGAGUUUGCUCUUGGCUUUCUGCUCAGACAUAAAUGUGCUGGCUGAGUACUGGAGUUACUACAUGGAGCAAUCCUCUGUUUAUGUUUUCUUUCUGCCUUCACUCAAAAAACAGGAGGAUCAAUUUAUCCCAAGAAGUCUCUGGAUGCAAAAGGAAAGAGGACUGGCCAGAUAAGGAGAAGUAAAAGUUAUAAAAUAGAAGCUGGUGCAACAGGAUUUGAAAUCAGAAGAAGGUAAAAGAGAAGAGAGAAUAUACCAAAGUGUAGAACAAAUUUUAAUAAAAAAAAAUACAAGAAAGAAGGGUUGACUAACUUAACCACCUGACCACGUAUUGAAACUUCCCAAUUCCUGCUUCCAUUUACCCUUCUUUUGUGACAUGGGUCACCUCCUGUCUCUGACUCUUGUCUACCUGGCCUACCUGCUGACUACAGUGAUUGCCUCCCAGCGUCAGCAGCACAUCGUGCAGCACGGCGCCUGCACAUACACCUUCAUCCUUCCCGAGGUGGAGCAUUGUAAGCCCUUAAAAGAUUUCCAGGUAACAAAUACCCUGCAGCGAGACUCACCACCAGAGGAUGAGCCAAACAAGAGCCAUUCCAAGGACAGUCUAAACCAAGAGAAAAGGCCUUCAUGGCAGCAGCAGAAGCUGGAGACUCUGGAAAGCACCAUGGAGAAUAACACUCAAUGGCUUCAAAAGCUAGAAAACUUCAUCCAGGAGAAUGUGCGCUCUGGUAUGGAAGAGAUAAAGAGGGCGACUGUGCACACCCAGACAGCCGCUAUGCUGGAGAUGGGAACCAACCUGCUCAGCCAAUCGGCAGAGCAGACUCGCAAAUUGACAGAUGUUGAGACCCAGGUGUUAAACAAGACAAGUCGCCUCGAGAUACAGCUGCUUGAAUACUCACUCUUUACGAACCGCCUGGAGAAACACAUUCUCCUGCAGACUCAAGAAAUUGCACGCCUCAGUGACAAAAACAGCUUUCUAGAACAAAGGCUUUUAGCACUGGAGGCACGCUAUGGGAAGGAGCUGCAGGAUUUGCUGGGUGAAAAACAGCAGCUUCAAGAUGUUCUGGAGAGGCACAGUCACUUGGUCAGUCAGCUUGAAGGUGAACUUGAAAGCUCAACACUCAAUAGUACUGCACUACAGAGGCAGCAGGCAAGGCUGGCGGACACUGUUGAGCAGCUGCUCACUAAAGUCAGUCAAUGCAAUGAAAUUUCCAGAAAGCCCAAGAACAAGAGACAAACUUUCAAAGACUGUGCUGAAAUUCUGCGGUCAGGAGGGAAAGAGAGUGGAUUAUACAGCAUACGACUGCACAACUCAACACAGGAUGUAAAGGUGUAUUGUGACAUGAAGACCAGAGGUGGGGGGUGGACAGUGCUGCAGCAUCGAAGGAAUGGCUCUGUUGACUUCCACCGCAGAUGGGAGGACUACAAAACGGGCUUUGGAGAGCCAUCGGGGGAACACUGGUUGGGAAAUGAUAUCAUUCACAAGCUGACCAGCUCACAGGAAUACAGUCUGCACAUCCAGCUCCGUGACAGAGAGGGGAAUGAAGCCUUCUCACAUUAUGAUCGAUUUCACAUAGACAAUGAACACAGCAACUACAGCCUUCACGUCGCAGGAUUCAGUGGCACUGCUGGCAAAACCAGUAGCUUCACCCAUAACGGGAGUCAGUUCAGCACCAAGGACAGAGACAAUGACCGCUGCACUUGCAAGUGCGCACAGCUCGCCUCAGGAGGAUGGUGGUUUGACGCUUGUGGCCCUUCCAACCUGAAUGGUAUAUAUUACCCCGUUUCCUCCAAUGUAGUCCGCUUCAACGGCAUUAAGUGGUACUACUGGAAGGGUCCAAAUUUGAUGGCAACCAUGACAACCAUGAUGGUUCGUCCGGCUAACUUUAAAUGAAAUAACUUCUGUUGGAUGGAUCCUUUUGAACCUAAUGUUACAAAUAAAUAUGAUAAAUAAUGGCCAUGAACAUAUGUGAUGGCAGCAGAAGACCUCCAACUUCAAGUCCCAUUCUGUUUGUCCACUGGCUGAAAGAGGACAUGUAGGAGUAUUUCUGAAAGGGUUCUCCAUAUGUCAACAUGUUGUAACUAUGUCAUUUUGCACAUGUCACAUUUUACCGCUAUUAUUAUUUUUUUAUCUAAAAAAUUUGGAACAGAUUUAGGUACUAAAUGAAAUAAAACUUAUUUGAUUUAAAAUAUAUAUAUACAUUUAAAACACAAAAUCUUAAGAGAAUCCAGAGAUGGGACAUAUUUACAUAUAAGGCAUGGCAGUGUGACUAAAACACUUGGGUGGGUCUUGCAUGAAAACAAUAAACCAACGAUAAUAUUAGAAAUUGUGGUGUAACAUUUAGUAUCAAGGAGCAUUCCAAGUGAGAUUCUAAGUUAGACAAAAAAAAAAAGUAAAGCAUUGAGUAAAGUUUGUUAAUAACCACAUAGAUAAAGAAGACAGAUCUAAUGAGCUGUAACAAGCAUUGUUAAGUUUGAUACAUUUCAAGGUAUUGGAAGUGGUCCAGACAUUUGAAUAUACAUGCAGUAAGGGCUUAAAUGUUUUGCAUAAUGUAAUUUUGUAAGUACAAAUGUUACUGAUAAAUAAAACAGGGGAACAACAAUGUCAACAUGACAAAACUGUAGAGACAGAGACAAAGUAUAUUCUGUGAUGUACAGUGGUGGUUGGAUUUAAGAAAGAAAAUAACAUGGUAUAGAGUCCAGAAAAAAGCAAAAUGCUGCCUUAAAGAUGCAAAAAGAUGCAAUGCAUUGCUUGCAGUGUAUCAUGCUUUUAUAAAAAUGUUUUUCUUUU